GAGGUCAGUUACAGAAGCAGCUGAUGGGAAGGUGUGGCUGUGACGAUGAGGAGGGACAAACUCUUCCUCAGACCUUUAUAAGCCUCUCAUUGUGGAUCAGAUUGUUGAACAUCCUGAGUCGCUGCAGCAGCUCCAUCAUCAGAGGAAGCAUGGAACUGACAACAGGCCCCACCCUCAACACCUCUGCUUGGCUCCACCCUCCUUACAACACCUCUUCGGGGCCUUGGAUCGAGGCGCCGUAUCCAUACGGCACUGCUGAACUUGUUCUGAUUGGCAUGGCAACGGCCUCUCUAAGCAUCCUCACUGUCCUUGGGAACACACUCGUCAUCCUUUCCAUCAAAGUCAACCGCCACCUACGGACAAUCAACAACUACUUUCUGGUGAGUUUGGCAGCAGCCGACUUGUUGAUUGGACUGCUGUCAAUGAACGUGUAUACGCUGUACAGCCUGAGGGGCCACUGGCCCCUGGGGCCAGAGCUCUGCGACGCGUGGCUUGUUCUGGACUAUGUGGUGAGUAAUGCGUCUGUCCUGAACCUGCUGCUGAUCAGUUUGGACCGGUACCUGUGCACCAGAUGGCCUCUAAGCUACCCGGUGCGUCGAACGGGUCAUAUGGCGGGCCUGAUGAUCGGAGCUGCCUGGCUACUGUCAUUCCUCCUGUGGGCCCCUGCCAUCCUGUGCUGGCAGAGGGCGGGCGGCAGGAGGGUCAUCCCUGAUGGACAGUGUUACAUCCAUCUUCUGGCGAGCCCAGCCGUCACCAUGGGAACCACACUGCUAUCUUUUUACCUGCCUGCGCUGGUCAUGAUUGGACUGUACAGCCGCCUGUCCGUGGCCAGCCGCCACCGACUUUCAGCCUUUCAGGACGGGCGGAGAACGCUUACCCUGUCCCGUCCAGCUGUGAAGAACUUUCUCCUGGGACAACGCAGCUGGGGGGCCAGCAGCCUGUCAUCAGAUUUGUCUCUGCAUCGGCAAGGGACAUCCGGAAGUCCGGUGGACAAGGCAGACAAGUUGGACAGUUGCAAACGCCCGCAUCUCUCCCGGACCUCCUCAGAUUCCUCGUCCAUCGUUGACCUCCACAGCUCAGCCUCUGCAGCGCUGUCUUCCUGCCCCAGCUUCAGGUCCCAGGAGAGGAGGAGGCGCCGGGCGAUGGCGAGAGAAAGGAGGCUGACCAACACCAUCCUCGCCAUUCUGUUGGCUUUCAUCGUAACCUGGACGCCCUACAACGUUAUGGCGGUCAUUGGCGCCUUUCGUCACAUCCGAAUCCCGGACGGCCUGUGGACUGCGGGCUACUGGCUGUGUUAUGUCAACAGCACCAUCAACCCCUGUUGCUACUCGCUGUGCAACGUCACCUUUAGGAAGACCUUCUGCUGCCUGCUGAGCUGCGGCAGCAGGAAGCUAAACCAACACUGAAGCAGGCUGACCAGCCGCUUAUUUCUCUGAAGAACUACUGAUCAGAACCUCUUCGUUUGGAAGGGUAGAGCUUUAAAGUGUUGCUAACACUCAUAGCACUAUAAGCAAGAACAUUUGCUCACGUGUCUAACAACAGAAGGCUGCCUGAGCUUUAGCUUCACUAAACUCACAACUGUUUUUUCUUGAGUUGCAUCCCAUUUAGAAUCAAACAUCUUCUUGCACCUUUUUACUCCUGAUGUUGGAAAACUCACUCGCCACCAGCUCUUUGGCUUGUUGGACAAUUAGUAAACAUGGAGGGCCAUACUCCAGUCAGAUUACUUUAUGAUAAAUAUACACAGAACACUGGAAAAACAAUCUAGA